AUGGAUAGUAGGAGCUACUUGAAAUCUUAUGGCUGGGUUGAAGGGGAAGCUCUGAGGGCAGGUGGCUUAAAACGACCCAUAUUGGUCAAGCACAAGGCGGAUAAAAAAGGUUUAGGUUCAGCUCCGGGCGGAGACGAUGGAGACAUGUGGUGGGAAACGUUAUUUGAUGGUCACUUGAAAAACCUGGAAAUAGGCAAAGCUAGUGACGGUAACAUCAACUUCAAGAAGAAUAUUGCUAACAGCACGACGGUAAUCAAGGACAAAUCGCCUUUAUAUAAUAUGUUUGUGAAAGGUGAAGUUCUGAAGGGUACUAUCGAUACAAAUGGUAAGAGCAGUGAAGUAAGGACAGUAAGGACGACGGAUGGAAGCAAACGUCGUCGAGACUCGGAAGAGGAGAGUAGUCUGAUAACAUCUAAAAAACGUCAUUUAAGCGAUGAGGUGCCGAAAGGUAAGGAAAAGACGGUGAAGAAGGUGAAGAAAGAUAAAAAGGACAAGAAUGAUAAAAAAGACAAGAAGGUCAAGAAGGUCCAGAAGGUCAAGAAAGACAAGAAAGAGAAGAAAGAGAAGAAAGCCAAGAAAGAGAAGAAAGACAAGAAAGACAAGAAAGCCAAGAAAGACAAGAAAGAGAAGAGAGACAAGAAAGACAACGGAAAACUUAAUUCUUAA